CGAAAAUCAAAGUUCUUCGAGGAAUGACGAGGAAAUUUAAAGAAUUUUGUGAAAGCACCGGCCCCACAAAAGUGACAAAACUAACUUAUGCCAGUGGAAUCACAGGUGGAAUAAGUGGAGAUAAAACAAAUGAAAAAACAUGGUUAUUCAACAGAAGGCCUUAGUUGGAAAACUGAAAAAAUUUCCGACCCAAAUACAACAGCUUUUUGCUCUUAGCAUGAAUUUUUGUUCUAGUCAACAUAAAGAAGAGACAGGCCGGAUACUUUUCCAUCCAUUUGUUGGCAUUGUUCAUGAGAAUGAAGGACAAUUUGAGAAGGAAGUUGGCACUAAUAAACCACCAUGUGGGAGAGAUGGUAAAAAUAAUGAACCACUCAGCCAGACAUAUCCACAGUGGAAAGUCAUGAUGGACAUUCAAAAACUGCAUAGUUUACAAAAAAGGAAACGAUUCAAGAAUAGAAUUGUGUACAUUUUGCCACUGGGUACUGUGAAUGAAAAAGGAACUAUUGAUAGCAUGGUGAAAGAAUACCAACAAAAUGGAACACCAAAACAUUGUUCAAACUUGUUUGAAUUUGUGGUAAAGUUUACAUCUUUAUUCUUCUAUGGCAUGGAAGUUAAGCUUCUACCAUUUCAUGAUAUCAACAAUCUUGGUCUUACAACGAGAGUUCAUGAAAAGACUAAUAGAAAACAGGUUUUAGUUACUGAUAUUCUCACUUCCUUGAAAGAGUUCAGACCAAAUGAUGCAUUCUGCGUAAUUGGAUGGUCUUCAUUAGACUUAUAUCCUUGUGCAGAACUCAAUUUUGUUUUGGGUGAAGCAUGCUUUGACACUGGCUGUGCUGUGAUCAGUUUUGCUCAUUAUGCUGAUGUUGAAAAGCAAAAUGUUGAGAAUAAUGUCACAAGAGGUCAGAAUAUAUGGAACUCACAGAACCCAAAUGAGACUUUUUUGAGUGGUGACAUUUCUUGUUUAUCAACAGUCCAUGAUGAUGUUUGCUUACAUUGGAGCUGUACAAUUGCUAAUGAUAAAGUUGUCUGGAGAUUAAUUAAGGUCUUGACUCACGAAGUUUGCCAUCUCCUGGGGCUACAUCAUUGUACGUUCUUUUCUUGUCUAAUGAAUGAAAGUAAAAAUAUAUCCGAGGCUCAAAAUCAGCCGAUGUUUCUUUGUCCAAUAUGUUUGAGAAAGUUACAGAAGUUUCUAAAGUUUCCUACAGUGUUACGAUAUAAAACGCUGAAAGACUUUUUGCAGUUGCACUUUCCUGCGGGAACUACGGGUUUCCAACUUGAUAACACUAAAUGGGAAGAAUAUUCUGAUUGGUCGACAAUAACCAGCGAUAAUGACCACGCCUGCAACUCCUUUGCUAUGACCAAAAUUAGAAGUUCUUUAAAUUGGCUUGACAGUAUUUUAGAGUUUAUUAGUUAAUAUAUACAGACAUACUUACGGUGUUCAAUUUACGUGAAUUGGGAUGAAGGGGCAGCAAUUUUUAUUAAUUAUGAUCUAAAUAUAUAAAAUGCAAAAAUUGGCUAGGGAAAGCAUCUUUGGAAUAAUACAUUAAAUUUAGAAAAAGGUGAAACUGCUUGGCAUUGCCAUUGGGAACUUAAAAAUAAUAGUCAAGACGAUCGAGUCCGAAAAAUAAAGCCAGGCUGUUUUCCACUAAUCGCUAAAAUUAUCUCGAACUCGAAGCUCGCUGCGAAUUGUUGGCGUCUAUUUUGUCAUAAGUUGUCAAGCAUUGUGUCUUAUUUUGUGAUGGGACGAAAGUCACGAAAUUACUCGCAGCGAGCUUUGCGUGUUGGUUUUUGCGAUGAGUGCGUGAAAGCCAAGAUAUAACAAGAGUAUAGAGACGAGAUGUGGUUUCA